CGGGGCCGGCUCGGGCAGGGCCACACGCAACAGCAGCGGCAUGCCGUCGCCCUAGUAAGGCGAUGCCGGCCGCCAGGCGGAUCUGACUUGCCUGCAGAUGGCCUCGGGCAGGGAAGCAGCCGUGCGGCCUCCGACCGAACUCAGUGGCGACUCAGUAGAAAGCAUGAGGAAGAUUUUCAUCGGUCACCCCGAAAGCAGCGAGGAUGGGGACCGAGCCGGGCGAAAGGAGCAGCCGGACGGGCCGGCGAGGGGCUCCCUGGGAGCUCUCCUCUCCCCCGGCAACUCAGGCGAAGUGCGAGUGGUCGAGGGCGCCUUGCCCUCCGGCCCUUCGCCGCCUAAGCGGGCGCCGGUCCGAGAGCACCGCCGAGAUGCUCAGAGGCUAGUCUUACACUAUAUAGUGCCUUGCAUGAACGCCUAUGGCUUGUGCGUUGUAGACCAUUUCCUGGGAUCCCGGAUAGCCGAGAAAAUCUUCCAAGAAGUCCUGGCUUUGCACCUGAGUGACAAAUUCCAGGACGGAGCCCUGGCGAGUCAGAAACUGGGCAGCAACAAAGCCAUCCGCGGGGACAAGAUCUUGUGGGUAGAGGGCAGUGAACCAGGAUGUGAGAACAUAGGCUACCUCCUGAAAAAAAUGGAUAAGCUCAUCAUGUACGCAGAUGGGAAGCUGGGGCAUUACAAAAUUAGAGGAAGACACAAGGCUAUGGUAGCUUGCUAUCCUGGGAAUGGAACUGGCUACGUGCGUCAUGUGGACAAUCCCAAUGGAGAUGGGCGAUGUAUCACCUGCAUUUAUUACCUGAACAAGAACUGGGAUUCAAAGCUGCAUGGGGGGAUCCUACGAAUAUUCCCAGAGGGCAGGUCCUAUGUAGCCGAUGUUGAGCCCAUCUUUGACAGAUUACUUUUUUUCUGGUCAGACCGAAGAAACCCACAUGAAGUGCAGCCUUCCUAUGCAACAAGGUAUGCAAUGACUGUGUGGUAUUUCGAUGCGGAGGAAAGAGCAGAAGCCAAAAAGAAAUUCAGAAAUUUAGUUGAUGCAGGAAAGACAGAAACAGUUCUCAGUGAAGACUGAAUAACAAAUGACUUGAUACAAUUUUUGUAUGAUGAUAAUUUUCGGACUAUUUGCAAGCAAUAAGAUCCAAAGAUUACAUGGUCUGUUUUUUAUGAUUAUCGGAUAUUCUUCAAUGCACUAUUUUUGACAUUACCUAAUGUUUGCAUAUUACCAUGAUGGUACUCAUGACAGCUUCCAAUCUCUUCUAUUUGGCAUAAAGCAUCCCUCUUCUGUUCUUGCCUUUGAAUUGAAGAAUACCACAAGAAUGAAGAAUAUCACCAAGUCUCAUAAUGAUAUCAAGGUGAAGAUGGCAAUACUAGUAAUAAAAAUACUAAACAUUUGAAACAAUUGGAGGAAACUGAGUAUAUUUGCACUUUAGUUACAUUUUCUGGUUCGGUGUAAAGGAACUUUUACGAAGGAUCCUCACUGGCAGGUUGCAGAUGAGCAACACCAGCAAGCCAAGUUGCAAACCAGAACUGCACGCUUGUCAGGAGCCAAAUUCAUUGUGUCAGUGCAGAGCAUUUGAUGGUGUGCCUCAUCAUUUUGCUUACAGACUAUUAUUGGCUUCGUUGGCCUUGCUCAUUGCCAUAUCGAAGCCUCCCACUUGCCAUAAAAUUGCCUGGAUUUUAUCCACAUUGUUCAAGCCAAGCAAAAGCAGUUCUAUCACUUUGCCUUUUAGAGCCCCCAAACAGAAGUGGUAGCUGUUGUGCACCUACCCGUAGUGUUCUUAAAAAAAAAAAAAGAGUUCCUUUGUGGGGUAGCUCUGGGAAUUAUUUUUAUUAUCAUUUAAAACUGUUUUGCAAAUAGCUAGCCAGCCUCACCAGCUCCUGCCCAUUACAAACUUUGGGAAAUGUUGAUGGCAAGCUAAGAGCAAGUAUGCCAAGAAAUCAUCUAAUCGAAUUUCAUUUUCAUUUUAAUAUUUUUCAACUGAUCUUCCACUUGUCACAUAUUGUAUGUGACAAAAACUGAACUCCAGCAAUCGAGUGUAUUGUUAAGAUGGGCUUGAUGACUAACUAGCUGUUGAAGAGACAUAGAAAGCCAUGUCCAGCUGGCUCUUAACUGUUAUACUUGGGAGCAUUUGCAGUGGCCACUGAAAAUGGCAUGUAAACUGGCAUUUGGUUGUGUAAAUUUUGCAUCUGUUAUAUAAAUGGGGCUAAGAUUGUACAACUGAAUUUUAGACCUAAUCACUGUUGUUUUGGAACUCGUAAGAAAGUGCUUUGAACUGUAGACUUACAACUCAGUCUUAACAUUUGAAAUGCCAGCAAAAUAAAUAAUGUGUUAGAUGGGAUAUUCCAGUUGCUAUACAUAUGCAGUGUCAUAUAGCAUGAAUCUUGGAUGCACUAUGAAAAUAUUUAAGAUAAGAUUCAUAGAUCUCUAUUGUCAGCACGAGGUCAGGAUAUAGGUUGCUAUCAUGAUGUAUUGUAUUGAGAUUACAAAUACAGAUAUAAAAUGUGGUCCCAAAUGUCACUUUGCUACAGAUAAAUUCCUGCAUUGACGCCAUGAGUUUUACAGAGAGAGAUUAUGAAGCACAUACUUUCUUCUAAUGUCAAUUUUUCAAAGAAAAGAACCUCUGAUGAAUAAACUUAGCAGCAAAUGCACUUAGACAAAAAAAAAACAACAAAUUGUUUUCAUCAAAAUAUGCAAUGAAUGAAUGCAAUUGAAUCCUUUGAAGAUAAUUGCUCAUUUCUCUGGAGUCUCUAGCAAUGUUUUGAAUAUUGUGAUGGAGACUGUAUUUGUUCUUCCACGUGUCCAUAUUUCCCUUUGGAUUCCAUUUUAAUACUUCCUUUUCAUUCCAAUUAAACUUUUCGGUUCAGUUUUGGCUAUUAUGGCUUUAAAAAGGAUGUCUGAUACAAUAUCACCUUGUAUUUUCUGGAGACAUGGAAGUCACUUUCCCAAAACAUGAGCCACAGAACAACGCUAAUAUAUUUAGGAAUUGUGCAGACUAAGCCCAAAUCCAACUGAAAGUAUUUUUUUCAGCAACACAGUAUGUACAGUAUAAAGCAAUAUAAUUUCUAACAAAAUGGCAAUUGUUUAUUUCAGGAAACAAGGCUCUCCUGCCUGCAUUUGAUGUCUGAAUUUUACUCUAUGAUGAUUCCUUUUCUUCUUAAAUAUUCCCUUGAAUGUUCCCUUUGAUCACAUAGUUUUAUACAUGGAGACUUUAUGAUAUGUUUUUCUUGUAUAAAAUAUUUCAGGAAAGAACGGUCAGCUUAAAUUUGACUUGUGGAAAAUUUGACUUAAAAACUAAUUGCUUUCAUUUGUGCUAGUGAGUGAUUUCUCCCCCUCCCCUUUCUUGUGUAAAGAGCUCAUAAUUGGAAAGAAAAUUGUGGCAGGAGAAUUUUAUAGGCAUCAAAGUGAGAUUUUACAAUUCAAGAGAUGAUAGUAUUUAUUUUAAAAAACAUGAAAAGCAUCUGGUAGCAUCUUAAAGAUUGAUAUGGAUAUAGCUUAACUCUCCUAAACUACAGUUGACUAUAAUAGAUUUUUGUUUCUUUUUGACUGCCACAGACUGUGAUAGCCAACCUUCAAGAAAUCACUUGAAAGAGUAGAUAGGCAUCAGCCCAAGCAUGCUUAUUUCUAUUCUGUGUCAGAAUGUUCAAGUCUCAGGUAUCAAGUCUCAAGAACAGAAACAGAUGUCUGCUCCAAGGCUACUCAGUACAUCUUAUUGGGAAGGGAGCAGUUGGAUCAUGAAGUGGAAGCCAAUCUGAGCAAAUUGUAGAAGGUCAGGAAAUGGGUGAGGCCUACUUUGCCAGCUGCCAAGUCUAUUUAACCAUAACCUUAAAGGAAUCCAUUAUCAUCUCAAUGAUGCAUCCUUAAAGAGAUAUAGUAAAAUAUAUAGGAAUUACUAGGAAUUUAGUACUUCAUUACUAGGAAUAAGUAGGAAUCCAGGCUACUAUGCCUGAGAUAUAAAGACCUGUUUGCCUAGGUCAGGAAACUUGCAUAGCAUCCUUCAUUCUCCUUUCAUUUGGAGAAAACUUUUUGAUCCACAGAAGCUUCUUCAAAGGGAAAAAAACCACACACCUCAUAACCCUACAUUCUCUUUCAAGAAAUAGGUUUUUACAUGUGACAAAAUAAACCCAUUUAUGAUUUCCCCACAAGAUUAUGCAAUCAGACCUAUUUUUCCUCAUUCACCUAAAUUUUUUAAAAAAUGUUAUUUUUAGUAUUGUUCCCACCUUGCUGUAGACACAUAUAAUGGGGGAAUUCCUUCAUGGUGACUGCUUAUGUCUUGAAAGAGAAGAAAUUGGGUAACAAUUUCUGUGUAACAUCCUUUGUAAAAGGUAUUAGCUUUUUUUUUUAUAGUUGGGGGAAAAAAUCUAUCAGUCGUAGCUGAACCCUUCAACUGCCUAAGCAAUUUAGAACUUGAAAAGCUAGUGUGAUCAUCAAUUGGCUGUGAUUAUAGUGUGAUAGUGAAAUGUUAUUUACCUAUUUUCAUUGUGUUUUAUUUAUGCAGAAUGAUUAACUUCCAGAUUAUUGCAAAAACAUUUCUUUUAAUGGUUCUGAGUGCAUUUUCAAUAAGUAGUCUGUUAAGAAAUUGUCAUAGGGGAGCUCAAAUGAAGUUAUUGGAUCAACAGGAAAAAAUGUUGAUUUGGAUAUUUAUAGUUGAAGAGCCAAAGGUACUUUUAUUGCCUUUUUCUUGUCAUGACUCAAGGCACUUCUUGGCCAUUGGGCUUGAAAAGUGUGCUUGGGCAAAAGUAAAGAGUGAAAUAAUUUAAUUGCAUUUAUCAAUAAAUAAACUAUGAUGACUAAACAGUUUAGUGUCAUAUCUAGGGCUAUGUUCAAUUCUACAUUUCAUGGAGUGGCAAGAUAAUUCUUUUGAACUACAAAAAGUUGUCACAUUGCACCGAUCGUUAAAUUAUCAGGAUUACAGCUUUCUAGGAUUAGUUUAAUAGUCAAUUUAAAUGCAAUCAAUAAUUAUCACACCAGACUGAAGUCCUGUACAAAGUCAUUUUAAAUAAAGUGUAUUUACUACAGAAAAAAGCUGGGGGGGGAAGGUCCAAAAAGGUCAAUUUCAUCACCUUAAUAUGAAGAGUCCAUUUGUAUUUUUAAACUUAACACACAUUUUGGAAAUAACACAAUGAAAAAUACUUUAUCUCUUCUGUGUUCCCUGUGUUUCCAAUAAGGUUGGAACUUGUGGAAAAACAAAAUUCAGAAAUGUCAUUUUUGAAAAAAUAAUAAUACUGUGUUCUAUUCCUGCAUGAUUGCUUUUUGGUGUAACUAUUUCUACUACUGCUUGCUUUGGAAAGUGCAUUAAUUUGCCGCCCAUUUUUAAUCUUAUUUUGUGACUGGCUCCCCAACCGUCUCUCAGGAGGGCAAACCUUUUGCCAGGCUACAUGCUGGUCAUUGUUGCUGGCAGGUGGGCUGGAUACUGAACUAUACUGUGGAAUGUUGCCAUCCUAUCCACGUUUGUGUUUGUGUUAUUUAAAAAAAAUGUAGAAUGAAAUAAAAUCUUGCAGGAUUCAAUAAA